AGACAAGGUGGUGGAAAGAGGCUCUCAUGCCUCAUUUCCUUCCACUGAGUUUCUUGCUGGCUUCCAGCUCCAUCCAGAUCUGCUCUUUGUCCUUGACUCUUUCAGGAGAAAUGUAACAGAGAGCAGAGCUCUGGGAGUUCACAUCUGGUGGCAGAAGUUCUGUGGACCCAGCCCUGUAGCUGAAGAGGUCACUUGGACCCCACCUCAGGCUGCCAGUGGCUGAUGAGUUUGCACAGUCCAUACUGAGUCCUCCCAGAGAGCGCUGCCAGCAGAGGGAAUGUUCAGCUACCUCCGGAACCGCUUUGCCAGCCACCUGCGGGAGCGCAGCCGGCGCAGGGCCAGGCUCGUCUCCAAAGAUGGGAGGUGCAACAUAGAGUUUGGCAACGUGGAACAGUCGAGGUUUGUCUUCUUGCUUGACAUAUGGACCACUAUCCUGGAUCUCAGGUGGAGAUACAAAAUGACUAUCUUCAUUUCGGCCUUCUUAGGCAGCUGGUUCCUGUUCGGCCUCCUCUGGUACGUCGUGGCGUACAUCCACAAGGACCUGCCAGAGUUCAAUCCUUCCAUCAACCACACUCCCUGUGUGGAGAACAUCAACGGCCUGACCUCAGCCUUCCUCUUCUCCUUGGAGACGCAGGUGACCAUCGGCUACGGCUUCCGAUGCGUCACGGAGCAAUGCGCCACUGCCAUCUUCCUGCUCAUCUUCCAGUCCAUCCUGGGGGUGAUCAUCAACUCCUUCAUGUGUGGUGCCAUCUUGGCCAAGAUAUCCAGGUCCAAGAACAGGGCCAAGACCAUCACCUUCAGCAAGAACGCUGUCAUCAGCAAGCGUGGGGGGAAGCUCUGCCUCCUCAUACGGGUGGCCAACCUCAGGAAGAGUCUGCUGAUCGGGAGCCACAUCUAUGGCAAGCUCCUGAAGACCACCAUCACCCCAGAGGGAGAGACAAUCAUUUUGGACCAGGUCAACAUCGAGUUUAUAGUUGACGCUGGCAACGAGAACCUCUUCUUCAUCUCCCCCUUAACCAUUUAUCACAUCAUAGACAAGAACAGCCCUUUCUUCCACAUGGCAGCAGAAACCAUUCUGCAGCAGGACUUUGAACUGGUGGUGUUCUUGGAUGGCACUGUGGAAGCCACCAGUGCUACCUGCCAAGUGAGGACAUCCUACAUCCCCGAAGAGGUGCUCUGGGGCUACCGCUUCGCUCCCAUUGUGUCCAAGACCAAAGAAGGGAAAUACAGAGUAGACUUCCAGAACUUCAGCAAGACAGUGGCUGUGGAGACUCCUCACUGCGCCUUCUGCCUCCACAACGAGAGAGAGGCCAAAGCCAAGGAGAAGAAAGGGUUUGACAACCCUGGGUUCGUCCUGGCAGAAGUGAAUGAAACCAGUGACACGAAGAUGUAGC